CAACACUUCCAUCCUGUACUGACUGUAUAUUCCGUAGCAAGUAAUACGGCUUCAGCUUCUCUCUCUCUCCCUCUCUCCCUCUCUCUCGUUCUCCUCCUCCUUGCCGUUCGUUCCUCGUCACUCGCUUUCGCCUUGGGAGGCUAUUCCAGCCUAUUCCCCAUCCCUUCGUUCGACCCCAUCAUCCCUUUCGCCCAAGCAUUCUAGCACAGGCACUGGGACGCAGGGACUUCUUGAAUAAAAACCACCCCGAACGACAGAGACGAGCAUUCGAUACCCGUCAUCUCCAGAGGAUAACUCGCACCAUCCCUCCGGGGUUUCGACCCCAAUCCCUCGUACACCAUGGCCUUGAACGUCAACGGCGGUUCGGGGGCCCAUUCGCAGCCCUCGUUGCCCGCCCUUCCAGCACAUCUGCAAUCAGAUACACAUCUCACGGCUCACCUCGCAAGCCGAUUCCAUGUCUCCCUGCCGACCGCACAGCUGUCUUCCCACGCAUUGAUCUCUCUGAAUACAUAUUCCUCCUCCACCAAGGGCCCCGAUGGAACCAAGGAGGGGAGUGCCAUGGGCGGAGCCGAAGACCUGGCAGACAAGGCCUUCACAAGACUUGGAGCACGCUCUGAGAAUCAAGCCAUUGUAUUUCUCGGCGAGUCGGGUUCUGGAAAGACAACGGUCCGUUCACAUUUGCUCUCCGCUCUUCUCGCCAGGUCUUCGACCCCACUAUCUACGAAGCUAUCCCUUGCUGCCUACGUUUUCGAUACCUUGACCACAACCAAGACCGCCACAACGCCAACAGCUUCCAAAGCUGGUCUGUUCUACGAACUUCAGUAUGAUACAUCUUCGACUGUGAAUCCAACCCUGAUCGGUGGGAAGUUGCUCGAUCACCGGUUGGAGCGGAGUAGAGUGGCAGCGGUACCAACCGGAGAACGGAGUUUCCACGUCCUGUAUUAUCUACUGGCUGGCACGAGUCCCGCAGAGAAGGCGCAUCUUGGAUUCGACUCACCUGGAGCGGUGCCAGCAGCCGUGGGGGGCCAUGCCCACAGACACUCCACAGGAGGAGCGCAGAAGAGAUGGCGAUACCUGGGCCAUCCAACGCAGCUCAAGGUUGGCAUCAAUGAUGCCGAGGGGUUCCAGUUGUUCAAGACCGCCUUGAGAAAGCUGGAAUUUCCUCGGAGUGAGAUUGCCGAGAUCUGUCAGGUCCUGGCCAGCAUCCUUCAUAUUGGCCAGCUUGAGUUUGAGACGAGUGAGGAUACGACUCCGACCGCAGAUGACAGUGGUGGCUUCUCGCAUGAAGGGGGCCAGAGCGUCACAGUGGUCAAGAAUAAGGAUGUCCUUGCCAUAGUGGCCGCCUUCCUCGGAGUCUCCGCGCAGGACCUGCAAACCACUCUUGGUUACAAGACCAAGAUGCUUCACCGGGAGCGAGUAACGGUCAUGCUGGACCCCAAGGGGGCAAGGAGUAAUGCAGAUGAACUCGCGAGGACCCUCUACUCUUUGCUCGUAGCAUACGUGAUCGAGAACAUCAACCAAAGAGUUUGUGCCGCCGAGGAGUCGGUCGCCAAUACGAUAUCCAUCGUUGAUUUCCCAGGGUUUGCUCAGCAACCUUCUACUUAUUCCACACUGGACCAGCUCCUUAGCAAUGCCGCCACCGAGGCCCUGUACAACUUCACUCUCCAGAACUUUUUUGAAAGAAAGGCCGAGAUGCUCGAGUCGGAGGAAGUGAGUGUGGCGGCGACCAGCUACUUUGAUAAUUCCGACGCUGUCAAGGGACUCCUCAAGCAUGGAAACGGCCUUUUGAGUAUCAUCGAUGACCAAACGAAACGGAACAGGACGGACAUGCAGUUGCUGGAGAGUCUCCGGAAGCGGUUUGAGGGCAAGAACCCAGCAAUUGCCGUCGGGAGCGCCACUGCCAAGCUCCCGGGAAGCAAUUUCGCAACCGUCAAUACCGCAGCAACAUUCACGGUUAAACACUUCGCAGGAGAGGUGGACUAUCCAGUGUCGGGCCUGGUGGAGGAGAACGGGGAAGUCAUCUCUGCGGACUUGAUGAACCUGAUCUCGUCCACGAAGAGUGACUUUGUCAGCCAACUCUUCGGACAAGAAGCCUUGCAGACUGUUGUGCAUCCACAGGAGAAGAAGACCAUCGUGCAGGCUCAAGUGAGCUCGAAGCCUCUACGACAGCCAAGUGUCAUGCGACGGAAGGGCGAAAGACCCGCGAGAUUGGAGGCUCACGACAUGAAGCAGCCUACCGAAUCUAUCGACGACCUCUCCGACGUGGGAUCCACAAAGGGCCGGAGAGUUCGUAACAUUGACCAAGGCGCAGCAGCUCAGUUCCUGUCGUCUCUGGACAACGUCACAAAGGCUCUUACCGCGCCGAAUACAAACCCCUACUUUGUCUUCUGUCUCAAGCCCAACGAUCGACGCAUUGCCAACCAGUUUGACAGCAAGUGCGUGCGGACACAGAUCCAGACGUUCGGCAUCGCAGAAAUCAGCCAGCGCCUCCGAAAUGCUGACUUCAGUCUCUUCCUGCCGUUUGGAGAAUUCCUUGGCCUUGCAGAUGCCGAGACAAUCUUGGUUGGUAGCGAACGUGAGAAAGCCGAGAUGGUUGUUGAGGAGAAGAAAUGGCCCGCGAACGAAGCCCGGAUCGGCGCUACCGGUGUCUUCUUGAGUGAGCGAUGCUGGGCUGAGGUCGCCCGACUCAGCGAGCGUGGGUUCACCCAAGGCCGCUACCCUGUGCCCUCUGACGAUGGAGGAGAACACAUGCUCUCCCCGCACGACGUACACGGCGCUUAUGGAGCGUCGAAGGAACGCCUCCUGCCCUCUCCAUCCUACGGUUAUGGAGACAAGAAGGCGGGCUAUUUUGGUAGCCACGAUGUCGAUUCACGAUCUGAUGCCGGGGCAUCUGCGCUUGGGCAAGGCGACAUGUUCCGGAAUCUCGAUACGAAAGAGCAAUUGGCCGAGAAGGGCAAUGAGAAAACGAUGGUGGAGGUUGAAGAGGUUACAACCAGCAGCAGCCGGAAGAGGUGGCUCUUUGCAGUCUGGGCCAUGACCUGGAUGAUACCGGAUUUCAUGAUCCGGUGGGUUGGCCGGAUGCCCCGCAAAGAUGUCCGCUUGGCAUGGAGGGAGAAGUUUGCCAUCAACAUGAUGAUUUGGUGGAGCUGUCUCGCCGUCGCGUUCUUCAUCGUCGGCUUCCCUAUCGUCAUUUGCCCCAAGCAACAUGUCUACAGUGCCGCAGAGCUGACGUCCUAUGACGGCAAAGGUUCUCCUGCCUAUGUUGCCAUUCGUGGACUGGUUUUUGAUCUAUCGGAAUUCGCGCCAAAUCACUACCCGUACAUCAUUCCUGAGAAGUCCCUCCUCAAGUACGCUGGCCUUGAUGCGACGGGUCUCUUCCCGGUCCAGGUGUCUGCUCUCUGCCAGGGGGUCAAUGGGAGCAUCGACCCCCUUGUUCAACUCGAUUAUUCACCCACGAAUGUGACCGGCUCGGCUUCCGUGAUCAGUAGCACGGAUCCCAACAUGAAAUACCACGACUUCAGGGCAUUCACCAACGACAGCCGCCCUGACUGGUUUUUUGAGCAGAUGAUGAUGCUCAAAGCUAGCUACAAGAAGGGAAACAUCGGCUACACGCCUCAGUAUGUCCACACCCUGGCUAAUAAGCAGAACUCGAUUGCUAUCAUGAACAGUCGGGUCUAUGACCUAACGAAGUAUGUCCAGGGAGGACGCCGAGUGGUGCCCCCGGCUGGUCAGACAGCUCCUACUGAUAUUAAUACCAAUUUCAUGGAUCCAUUGGUUAUAGACCUGUUCCAACAGAAGGCGGGUUCUGAUGUGACCAAAUACUGGAACGCUCUGGACAUCGAUAGCGGGAUGCGCAGUCGUAUGCAACUCUGCCUCGACAAUCUGUUCUAUGUCGGGGAUGUUGAUACGAGAAAUUCUACCAGGUGCCAGUUUGCACGGUAUAUGGUCCUGGCCGUUUCCAUCCUCCUUUGCAGUGUCAUCGGGUUCAAGUUCUUCGCCGCUCUCCAAUUUGGGAGCAAGAACAUCCCGGAAAACCUCGACAAGUUCAUCAUUUGUCAAGUGCCCGUGUACACAGAAGACGAGGACUCCGUCCGUCGUGCUAUCGACUCGGCCGCCAGGAUGAAGUACGAUGACAAACGUAAACUCCUCGUGAUCGUCUGUGACGGUAUGAUCAUCGGUCAGGGCAAUGAUAAACCAACCCCACGCAUUGUGCUGGACGUCCUGGGGGUUUCCGAGACCGUGGACCCCGAGCCCCUGAGCUUCGAAUCGUUGGGCGAAGGCAUGAAGCAGCACAACAUGGGCAAGGUCUACUCCGGUCUCUAUGAGGUUCAAGGUCACAUCGUACCAUUCAUGGUCAUCGUCAAGGUUGGCAAACCCUCCGAGGUCUCCAGACCAGGGAACAGAGGAAAGCGUGAUUCUCAAAUGAUCAUGAUGCGAUUCUUGAACCGGGUUCACUACAACGCUCCUAUGAGUCCACUCGAACUCGAGAUGUACCACCAGAUUCGGAAUAUCAUCGGGGUCAAUCCCACCUUCUACGAGUUCAUGUUACAGAUCGAUGCGGAUACGGUAGUUGCUCCCGAUUCAGCGUCUCGCAUGGUCUCGGCCUUCCUGGACGACACGAGACUCAUCGGAGUUUGUGGUGAGACGGCUCUUUCGAAUGCCAAAUCAUCCUUCGUCACGAUGAUUCAAGUCUACGAAUACUACAUCUCUCACAACCUCUCCAAGGCGUUCGAGAGUUUGUUUGGCAGUGUCACCUGUUUGCCAGGUUGUUUCACCAUGUAUCGCAUCCGAGCAGCGGAUUCCGGGAAGCCGCUCUUCGUGAGCCGUGAGGUUAUCGAGGCCUAUGCGACCAUCCGCGUGGACACGCUUCAUACGAAGAACCUGCUUCACCUGGGAGAGGAUCGUUACCUGACGACACUCCUCAUAAAGCAUCACGCCAAGUACAAGACCAAGUAUAUCUUCAACGCUCACGCUUGGACCAUUGCUCCUGAUUCCUGGAAGGUCUUCCUUUCGCAACGUCGUCGCUGGAUCAACUCUACGGUGCAUAACCUGAUUGAGCUGAUGCCAUUGACAGAGCUCUGCGGUUUCUGCUGCUUCAGUAUGCGCUUCAUCGUCUUCAUCGACCUGCUCUCCACCCUCGUCCAGCCUGUUACUGUCGCCUACAUCGUCUACCUGAUCGUCGUUCUCGCUCUGCAUGCCACUGUCAUUCCCAUCACGGCAUUCAUCCUGCUCGGUGCGAUCUACGGUCUGCAGGCUAUCAUUUUCAUCCUUCGUCGGAAGUGGGAGAUGGUUGGCUGGAUGUUCCUCUAUAUCCUUGCCAUUCCGGUCUUCUCCUUUGGGCUACCUCUGUACAGUUUCUGGCACAUGGAUGAUUUCAGUUGGGGUAACACACGUGUUGUCACGGGAGAGAAGGGACGGAAGAUUGUUAUUACCGACGAGGGCAAAUUCGACCCUGAAUCCAUCCCUCACAAGAAGUGGGAAGAAUACCAAGCCGAGCUUUGGGAGGCUCAAACGAUGCAAGAUGACCGAUCUGAGAUGUCGGGCAUCUCAUACGGGACUAAAUCCUACCACCAUGCGUCCGAGUACAACUACCCUCCUUCCCGUCCGCUAUCCCAGAUGGCUGGCAACUACCCUUACGAGUCGAAGAACCCGUACCUCUACAACUCGCGCAUGUCCCUGGCGCCAUCAGAGAUGCUUGGCAACCGCCAGAGCCAGUUCGGAGGGAGCCAAUUCUUCGGGCAGCAGGAGGUCGAGAUGGCCAACCUGUCGGGUGUCCCUAGUGAUGAUGCGAUCCUAGCGGAGAUCCGGGACAUCCUGAAGACGGCGGAUCUGAUGACGGUGACGAAGAAGAGCAUCAAGACGGAAUUAGAGCGGAGAUUCGGCGUGCAGCUAGAUGUUCGCCGUGCCUACAUCAACUCUGCAACCGAAGCACUGCUCUCUGGGCAACUGUAGUUAAACGGCUUGCUUGCUUGCUUUGUUUGUAUU